AUGUCUCAGCCGAUAGGUGGCGAAAAGCCCGGAGCAGAGGUUCAGCUGGAAAAGAAAGGAAUCAAUGCGCUACAGCGAUAUCGAUACCAAAAAUGGCAACAGAACACUAUAGAUUUCGAUCCCAAAUUCUCGUGCAUACUUCUUGACACUGAAGAGGAGCUUCGAGAAAUCGCCCAAGAAGAGCUUUCAAUUAGAAAGGGAUGCGCGGCACCAGGAGGCAAUCCCACAGAGAGACUGCGUUCCUUAAACAUUCAAUUUUGGCUCUUGUCUCAGAAGUGGUGGUACUGUCGCUCGAAUUUGGACGAUUUCGAAUUACGAGCGUUCAAACUAUGGCGAUUGAAUCCUCGGUGGUAUAUGCAUCGUGCGCUCGUCGAGGAAUGCAUCGGUCGACAGGGGUGCUGCGCACGAGCUUGUGGUUGCUGUCAGAAGCGUGAGAUAUCUCCGGGACGGAGUCUUGGGGUUGGACAUUGCACGCUCGAAUGUGCAUGUUGUCGGAAGAGCAGAGGGUUUGGGGUAUCCACUAUGGAUAGGAAACAAUUGAAAGAUUGGUUUAAAAUGUGUGCGAAGGGGCCGAGCCAUCGCGUGACCAGAUACCGCCAAGUCUCAAUUUGGGGCCUUGUUGGUGAUAGUGAGGAGGACCCAUCCAACAUGAUUGAUGCACCGCCAAGUUACGACCAGGUGAAGAAGUGUAAGUGCUGA